UUUGUCCUUUCGGUAUCGAAUUCAUCGCUGUUCUGUCACGCGUUUCUCGUCUCCCCACGUGAUACAUCACCCCCCCGGACAGGGAAUCUAAUUUCACCUUCUAAACUACAACUGAUUCGUUUCCUUCCCGGUCCGCGUCGUGCUGUAGAAUUUCACGAGCCUAUCUUAUCAUGGCCCAGAGAAAGGGGAAGAACGAUAAGCAUUCAGGCGGAGAUGCUGCUCAUGACGGUCCUGCGCUGAUUCUUGAAUAUCUCCGGAAACAAAAUCGCCCAUAUUCGGCUACUGAGAUCUCGGCCAAUCUACAAAAUAGAAUUACGAAAGCACAUGCUGCUAAAGCUUUACGAGAACUGCACCAAAACAAGCAAAUCGAAGGUCGAGCAGCCGGAAAACAAGCAGUUUACCAUGCUCUGCAAGAAACCUGCAAUGAAGCCACGCCAGAGAUCAUUGCAGCUUUGGAUGAGAAGGCUGAGAGGCUACAGGAGCAAGCGACCAAUCUCCAAGCCACAGAGAAAAAGACGCGAGCGGAGCUAGCAGCUGUAAACGCAAGACCCUUGCUCUUCGAGCUUCGACGUGAUAUUAGUCAACUUCAGCAAGAGCAGGAGGCACUCCAGGCACGCUUGCUCGAGGCGCGAGGGAGCGACUCGGAAAGCGUACCUAUCCAGCUUAAAUUGAAAGCCGAAAAGGACUGGAAACACUGGCAUAAUCAUGCCAGCAUCCGCGGUCGGAUUUGUCGCGAUUUAUGGCGGAAGUGCUCGGAGGUGGUGCCUGAGAAUAUGACUGGGGAAGAACUUUGGGAGUCUUUGGGAUUGGAGGGCCCAUUUCUUAAUUGACUGACAAUGUGCUCGGCGUGGUGAAACGAGGCCUCUUACUCCCCUUUAGGGCCAGCAGCACUACUCGGUGCCGGAUACACGAGCCCUGAAAUCACAGGUACCACCGAUAUAAACUUACUCUUGAUACAAUUAGGGCAGUG